GUAGUUGGUAUAGAGUAGGGAUACAGAUAACACGGGUGCGGAAGAAAUAGGUAUAGAGUAGAGAAUAUCGACGAUAAUAUUCGCCUUUGGCAUCGAUCGGAGGCUGCGGCGUGAGCUGGCCUUGCACGUUGAUAGAGAAGACGUGAAAGAGACGACUUUUAGAUAAGAUCUCUGCUCUUUCUUGCUCGCCCUCCUCUCCUUCCCCCAGCCAUGGACGUGGUGGCGAGCUGCGACGCUGUCCCGCUUCUCGUGGCCGUCGCAGUCUCCGUACUCCUCGCCGCUGCCGUCUGGUCCAGGCGUGGGCGGGGGCACGGCAAUGCCGCGCCGAGCCCGCCGUCGCGGCCACUGCUCGGCCACCUCCACCUGCUCGGCAAGCCGCUGCACCGCUCCCUCGCCGCGCUCGCCGCCGCGCACGGCGGGGGCGGGGGCCAAUCGGCGCCGCUCCUGUCCCUGCGCCUGGGCGCGCGGCGGGCGCUGCUGGUGUCCGACCACGCCGCGGCCGAGGAGUGCUUCACGGCGCGCGACGCCGCGCUGGCGGGCAAGCCGCGGCUGCUGGCCGGGGAGCGGCUCGGGUACGGGUGCACCACCGUCAGCUGGACGCCCCACGGCGACAACUGGCGCGCCCUGCGCCGGUUCCUCGCCGUCGAGCUCUUCUCCGCGUCCCGCCUCGCCGCGCGCGCCGCCGACCGCAGCGCCGAGGCUGCCUCGCUCGUCGGGGGCCUCCUCCGCCACGCCGCCGGAGGGGACGCCGCCGCGGUGACGCUCCGGCCAAGGCUCUUCGAGCUGGUGCUCAACGUCAUGCUGCGCGCGCUCACUGGCGCGCCGGGACGCGGCGGCGACGUGCGCAGGAUCCAGGAGAUGAUCGAGGAGAGCUUCAAGUUGGCCGGCGCGCACAGCGUCGGGGACUUCUACCCGGCGCUCCGGUGGGUCGACCGCCUGCGCGGCUUCGACGCGGCUCUGAUCCGUCUGCAGGCGAGACGCGACGCCUUCGUCGCCGGCCUCGUAGACGACAAGCGCCGAAGCCGCGAAGCCGGUGCCCGGGACACGGAGACGAAAAGCGCCAUUGACGAGCUCCUGUCGCUGCAAGAAAUCUAUCCCGAGUUCUACACUGACACCGUCAUCAAGGGCAUUGUCUUGGUACUACUCAGUGCUGGCACCGACACGUCGGCGCUGACCACCGAGUGGGCAAUGGCGCUGCUGCUGACGCGCCCGGAAGCGAUGCAGAAAGUGAGAGCCGAGCUAGACGGUAAUGUCGGCAGAUCCCGGCUGGUGGAGGAGUCGGACAUCACGAACCUCCCAUACUUGCAAUGCGUGGUCAAGGAGACGCUCCGGCUGUGCCCGGUAGGGCCGGUGAUCCCGGCGCACGAGGCCAUGGAGGACUGCACCGUCGGCGGGUACCACGUCCGGCGUGGCACGAUGAUCCUCGUGAACGCUUGGUUGAUCCACCGGGACCCCAAAUUGUGGGAGGAGCCCGAAGAGUUCAGGCCGGAGCGGUUCUUGGACGCCGGCACCACGCCCAUGCUGCCGUUCGGGCUUGGACGGAGGCGCUGCCCUGGGGAGGGACUGGCAAUGCGGGACGAGGCGUCGUCAGUGAACAUGGAGAGAAGCCCAGAGCAGCAGCUUACCAGCGAGCACGACGACGACGGCAGCGCGACGUGGCUGAACCUCACGCUGGGGGCCAGCGAGUCGCCGGAGCCGGCAACCGCGCCGCCGCCGAGCUCCCCCGGGUCCGAUCCUAACACCGGCGCCACCAAGCCGUCCGCCGCGGCCGCGCCGCCGCCGCACAAGGUGUUCUCCUGCAACUUCUGCCUGCGCAAGUUCUUCAGCUCGCAGGCGCUGGGCGGGCACCAGAACGCGCACAAGCGGGAGCGCAGCGCCGCCAAGCGCUCCUACCACGCGCAGCGGAUGAUCGUCGGGCUGCCGCUGCAGGCGCACGCCGCGCUCAUGCACUCCCUCAGGGUCAACCCGGCCUCGUCGGCGAUCCAGAAGGCGGCGGCGCCAGUCAGGACGGCGGCGAGGUUCCUCGAGGACGGCGUGGCAUGGGGGACGAUCGCCUGCGAGGAGGCGCCGAGCUCGGCGUGGCCGGGGAGCUUCAGGCUGAGAGCACAACAUCCAGAGCAUGAGCAAGCGUCAGAACAGAGUAAGAUAGACUUGAAUCUCAGGCUCUGAAUGGUAGGAUGAUCGAUGUUAACUGCUCUGACCAGUGCAUGGGUUCAUCCAAGUUCAUCUGCUGAAUAAUCUGGUUUGGAGAUGUGAUCAGAGGAGAAACCAUAUGGUGAUGCUGAAUUUUGGGGAUACUAUUGUUGUUUUCAAAUGUAUGUUAGAAUUUAUUUGAUGUGGUACUGCUAUGAAGUACUCUGAAUUUCUGUAGCUGGAAAUUGUAUUUAGCUCUAUUGACACCAGCGAGAACUCAUGGAUUCUGCACUUCAUACUGACAGCAUAUAUCAGUCAUACUCUCAUCACUUUUCUUC